AUGUCAGACCCAAAACAAUUGAUCGCCGAGGCAGAGAAGCUACUUAAACCCCAACUGGGUUUUUUUCUGUUCAUUUCUGGCUCGUCGCAAUCUAUUCGUAAAGAGGACGCAACUGAUUUAUAUAUUCAGGCGGCCAAUAGCUAUAGAUUGAAGAAAGAUUUCAACCAGGCUGGAAAUCAAUUCAUGAAAGCAGCAGAAGUACAACAAAGCUUGAGUAAUCAUAAUGAUGCUGCUAACCAUUUGGUGGAAGCUUACAAGUGUUACAAGUCAACUUCUCCCACGAAUGCCAUUGGUGCCUUGUCGCAAGCAAUUCACAUUUUUUUGACCCAAAAUGGGCAAUUUAGAAGAGCUGCAAACUUUACCAUGGACUUGGCUGAAUUGUAUGAGAAUGUUGGGGAUACAGCAAAUGCCAUCAAGAGUUACGAGCAGGCUGGUGACUACUUUACUACAGACAAUGCUGAAGCUCUCUCAAAUAAAGCUUUCCUUAAAUGUGCAGACUUGUCAGCAGCGAGCAACGAAUAUAAAAAGGCUAUUGAACUAUACGACAUUGUGAUUAAAAAUCUGUUGAAUAAUUCAUUGACAAAAUGGAGUUUAAAAGACUACUUUUUCAAAUCUUUGUUGUGUGUGUUGUGCACGGAAGAUGUGGUAGAAACAGAGAAGAGGAUGGAAAAGUAUUCACAAGACGAUCCUAAUUGGCCAGAAACUAGAGAGUGCAAAUUAAUUGUGGGGUUGUUGGAAAGUAUCAACAACGGCGAUGUGGAGGACUAUUCCGAUAAAGUGUUUGACUAUGACAAAUUCAGCAAGCUUGAUAAGUUAAAGACCCAAUUGCUAUUAAAAAUUAAAACAUCAGUUGUUGAGAAUGAUGAGGUUGAUAUUUUAUAG